AUGGCAUCACAAAAUUCCGAUAACAAUUCUCCAACUACCCAAAUUAUUACUCUCCCUUUUCCUCCAAUUAUUUCGGCACAGGAUCUUAUCGAUAAAAGAUCCCCUGAAAGAGUGACAGCUAAAAGUCCCAAUGCUUUCUUCGUAUAUAGGAAAGCUUUUGUAAAUUAUUUACAAAUUUGUAAUCAUAAUCUUAAAAUGCGCGACGUGUCUUCCAUGGCAGGAUUAUCUUGGAAAGCGGCUUCCAAGGAAGUUAAAGAAGCUUAUAAACAGAUUGCUCGUGAAGUUGAAAGAAUUAUAAUUUCUCAACGUCAAAAAAGAUAUAAAGAAUAUAAAAACAACCUUAACAAUCUUAAUAAUCUUAAUAAUAACGCCAUGAUUAGAUCAAAUUAUUUAGGAUUACCUUAUCAUUUUCAUAAUUCAACAUCUUAUAUUCCACAACAGCUUUCGACUAUGCCGACGGGAACUUGGUUCCCUGCUAUCGCUUCUAAUAAUUCUAAUCAAUAUCAAGUUUAUGAUAUUACUACUCAAUAUAAUUCAUUAUCUUCAAAUCUUGGUGAUCAGGCUAUUUCUGUGCAACAAUACGAUCAACAACAACAAUUUGAUCAACAAUUUGAUCAAGAAUUUCCAGCAUCCCAAGAAUUAAUUCAACAGAAUUUUGCACCAAUUAAUUCAGCUAUUGAUCAAUUCACUACCGAUUAUUUUAAUGAAAAUGAUUAUAUCCUUUGGUCACCACAAAAUAGCGAAGAAAAACAACAAAUUUAA